AUGAAAAAGUGCACAGAGCUGACUCAGCCUGGAUACGCGCUAAGUUGUUUGCUCGACUUCACCCCGAACGUGACGGCUACGUCUCAGUGUCAUGCUUUUCUUCAGAGGACUGCAGUUCUGGCUUUCGCUGAUUUCCGUCUAAUUGGCCCAUUUGUUGAAAAAUGUGGUGCCACGGUUAGCAGGUUGGGAUGUGGAACACUCACACCUCACAAAGCUCAUGAUGGAGUCAGAGUACCCCAUACGCAAGGGAUGGCUCUCGAAUGCCUGAUAAGCAAUGUUGUGAAGCACGGAAAAGAUCAAUCUGAUCCAUUACAGAUGUUGGACGUUGGGUGCAGGCACGAGGUGAUGCGACUUGUUGAAAUGCAAACUGAAGAUUUCCAUUUGGAUAGGCCACUUUUCUUCGCCUGUCGACAAGACAGGGAGCGAAUUUGCAAAGAUGUCCAAGCGGGGCAAGGCAAAGUAUUUGAGUGUCUCAUGAUGAAUCGAUUCGAUCAAUUCAUGGAACCAGAGUGUUCGAGAAUAUUGGCCGAGCGAGCGUACAUGAUGGGUCGUAACUAUCGUAUGGCACACCCGCUGGUGAAAGCUUGUGAAAACGAGAUGAAGGAAUAUAAAUGCGAACCUCAAGACGAAUACGAAGCAGCUGCCCAUUAUCAUUUGACAUGGAUACUAUUGUGUUUAGAGAACGGUGCACACAAUGCGAAGGGUAACGACAAGAUACCUUCCCCACAAUGUCAGCAUGAAAUGUUGACCCAUCGACAAAUGAUGGUUGCUGAGUUCCAUAUGGCACCGGAAGUAGUGCUUCAUUGUGCACAGGAAAUCGACAAGUGGUGUAGCCCAAGAGGUGAUAUUGAGCCAAAAGGACUGACUUUGCAUUGCUUGAUGGAGCAUGCAUCUGCUACCGACAAGACUAAGCAAGUUGGACCUCAGUGUAUGCAGGCUCUAAAGGACGUUGUCAAGGUUGCCGAUAUUGGAUCGAACUACAAAGUUGAUAAGGUUUUGUAUGGGUCGUGCAGAUCGCUUAUCGAUGGAGCAUGUGCACGUGAAACCGGAUCCGAGGCUGACACGCUCAACUGUUUAAUGAGGCAUGUCGACAGUUCGGAUAUGACUAUGAUGUGUGAACAAAGGCUGCUAGAGGUCCAAUACUUCAUGGCACGAGAUUGGACGUUAGAUCCUCAACUUUACGAAGCUUGCCACGAUGAAGCUGUAGGAGAUGUCAUGCACCAUCGAAUUGGCAUAUGGCGGGCACUGGACCAGAUCCAGGUCCAUCAGUUCUCGCAUCUGUCGAAGAAGUGCGGUGUGGAGGUCAGAAGAGUCCUGCACACACGCGCAGUCCGCGUGAAUCUCAUUCCUGACAUCGAAGACGCCUGCCGAGAAGCGUUGUCGGAGUACUGUUCUAACAAUGUGAAGCCAAUGGAGGAGAUGACCUGCCUUCAAGACAACUUCGAGAAGAAAGAGUUCAUCAAGCGACAUCCCAUCUGUCACAAAGAAAUAACACGAUUCACGGAAAUGGAGUCGAAAGACACAAAAUUGAAUAGAGCCUUAACAAAAGCUUGUAAACCUGUCAUCAAAGCUCACUGUGAGCAAUUCGCAAAUGAAGAAAUUGAUCAUGGUGAUGUUAUGGAGUGCCUUCUUAACAACAAGGACCAACCGGAAAUGACGUCGAAAUGUCGUUCGUAUGUAAACCACUUCGAAUUGAUCUCUCUCCGAGAUUAUCACUUCUCUUAUAAGUUCGAAAAAGCUUGCUCUGCCGAUAUCGACAAGCACUGCCCCGAUCAUGGCAACGACAAGGGUGAAAUAAUUCGUUGCUUGUCCGAAGUGCGUUUUGAACAUAAAGUUCUUGGAACGACCGCCGAUUUGUCGGAACCCUGCAAACACCAGUUGAAGGUCGCCUAUCUGCAACAAGAACAGGUAGAAGGUAACGACAAGAUACCUUCCCCACAAUGUCAGCAUGAAAUGUUGACCCAUCGACAAAUGAUGGUUGCUGAGUUCCAUAUGGCACCGGAAGUAGUGCUUCAUUGUGCACAGGAAAUCGACAAGUGGUGUAGCCCAAGAGGUGAUAUUGAGCCAAAAGGACUGACUUUGCAUUGCUUGAUGGAGCAUGCAUCUGUUGCCGAUAUUGGAUCGAACUACAAAGUUGAUAAGGUUUUGUAUGGAUCGUGCAGAUCGCUUAUCGAUGGAGCAUGUGCACGUGAAACCGGAUCCGAGGCUGACACGCUCAACUGUUUAAUGAGGCAUGUCGACAGUUCGGAUAUGACUAUGAUGUGUGAACAAAGGCUGCUAGAGGUCCAAUACUUCAUGGCACGAGAUUGGACGUUAGAUCCUCAACUUUACGAAGCUUGCCACGAUGAAGCUGUUAGGAGGUAUGACCCUGGAUUUUCUUAUUAUUUCCUUUUAAAAGCUGGUUUGGCAAUAGAAGUACCUCAAAACAACUUGAAAUAG